AUGCUUUCUGUGCUCAGUGGCGGAGGCGUGGGUUGCAGAGGCGUGAAGAAUGACCAAAACUUCAGCGAGGCCACAGCGGUGCUGUUCACCUGGAUCGAUCGGGGAGAAGUCAACCGGCGAACCGCCAACAACUUCUACUCCAUGAUCCAGUCGGCCAACAGUCACGUGCGGCGGCUGAUGAGCGAGAAAGCUUUGCACGAGGAGGAGAUGGAGCGCGCCAAGGAGAUCUUCAAGAACGCCCUGGUGGCCAUUCUAACACAAUUCGAGCAGAUCACCGCCGUUUUCAACGCUGCCACCAGGCAAAAGGCAUGGGACCAUUUCUCAAAAGCACAGCGCAAGAACAUAGACAUUUGGCAGAAGCAGUGUGAGAUCUGACGCCUCCUCGAGAGUGUGCCGCGCUGCUAUGGCAACAGUGAUUUCCAGGGUUAAGUCUCUGAUUAAUUAUUCACCUGGAGUCAAACCCAGAUGACAAGGACGAAGACGAGGACGCCGCUCAGUCUGUGGGGGACAAAUGUAUUCACUUUAAAGGAAGACUUCCCCUUUAAACGACCCUCUGCACAUCACUUCCUCCCCGUGGGAUCUUCACGUCUUACAGAAAAAAAAGUUUUUCUCUCCGGCCUUCACGGUGAACGGAGAAGAAAAAUUCCUGAUGGGUUAAUGGAGCUGAAAACAACUUGAAGACGAGCAGUGCGAGGCGUUAGGUGUGAAGGUCGCUGAAAAGCUUUCCUCAGGAAGGUGAGAUAGAGGAUCGAUGUACAGAAGGUCCCUUUGGGGGGGAAGGUUUCCUUUAAAAAGCAGAAAUAAAACAAAUCAGAUCAAAUACUGAAGUAACGUCUGCGUUAAUGUUCGUGACGAACCGCCUCGUCUUUAAAUUUGUUUUUACGAUCCUUCGAAUCUUUCCUCCAAUCUUCAUGUUGAAGUUCGGAGAAGACAAAGUUCAUCUUGUUUUUCAUUUUCUAACGUGAAAGUCUGUCACUG